UAUUUCCUGAUUCCAUUUGGAAGGGUUGUACAUGGCAACAGCUGUUGGGCUGGACUUGUGUAUUGUAGGCAGACCAAGUGUAAUAUAUAUAUAUUUUAGUUUUUGUUCUUUUUUUCUUUCUCUUUGCCCCUCUAGCCCUCACUCCCCUGCAUUCUUGAGAGAAAGGACGCGUGCAAUACCAUCCAUAAGCCUGACGUCCUAGGCUGAAUGAAAACACCAUACUUCAAUCCUGGUAGCUCUCUGUGCGUGUGUGUGUGUAUUUUUUUCGUCCCCGCCCCCCUUUUUUAAUUUUUCUUCAAAGACGCGCAUUAGCGCCGCAAGAUUGUUAGAGAGGUUUCCACGGCCAUUGUGAGCUGGCUGGGAAAAAGAGAAUUCAAAUUUUGUUUAAAUUGCAGGAAUUAAACCCAUUGCCAAAGUUACAGCAUGAGUUCUUUAACCCGCCGUUAAAGGAACACGUUCUGCCAUAUUGAAUUCUUUUUUCAUAUACAUAUAUUUUUGUUUUCAAAAAUAGUUUGUUUUUUUCUUGUUGUGGAAGUGGGAGUACAACUGGCAGUCUCGAACCGACACAAGAGUUGAUAGACCCGUUCCCUGAAGGGGGAGGGGAUUUGAAGAAAGCCCAAAAAAAAGGUAACAAAAAAGAAUGAACGGUUUUAGUACCGAAGAAGACAGUCGGGAUGGCGGCGCCGGGGCUCCAGGUUUUGGCCACAUUUGCUGUCUGGUUGACGAUGGAGAGAGGUGUAACCGCCCUGCCGGCAACGCUAGCUUCAGCAAGAGGAUUCAGAAAAGUAUCUCGCAGAAGAAACUCAAACUGGAAACCGACAAGAACGUCCGACAUUUGUACAUAUGCGACUUCCACAAAGGGUUCAUACAAAGUGUGCGAAACAAGAGAAAGAGGAAGGGUAGUGAUGAUGAUGGAGGUGAUUCGCCAGAUCACGAAGCUGAAUCUCCAGAGGUCGAUUUGUUUCAAUUGCAAGUAAAUACACUGAGGCGCUACAAGAGACACUUCAAACUACAGACCAGACCAGGCCUAAAUAAAGCUCAGCUAGCUGAGACCAUCAGUCGUCAUUUUAGGACCAUUCCAGUCAAUGAGAAGGAAACUCUAGCCUAUUUUAUCUACAUGGUGAAGAAUGACAAAAUCAGGCAUGAUCAGAAACCAGACAGCAGCAUUCACUGAAACGGACAUUAUCUGAGCUCUUCUUGAUCACACGAACACACAGUGACAAGAGUUCCACUUCUAAAGUCAGGUGUAUUUAAGUAUUUUAUUGUUUAAAAGCAUCGGCUAAAAUCGACAUGUUUUUUUCAUAAUAUUCAUUUUUUAUUUUUUUUAUUUUUUCCCCAGUCUCAGUUUUUAAUGUCUAGAGUAUGUUAUUGUUAAAUAAGAACUAUAGAAAAGCAAAGUUCCCUUUCAUGUAUUUUUAUUCUUGUGCAAGGUCCAGCUCUGAAGGAGAAUUUGAUUCUUUUAAAACCGUUUUUAAGGGAUGGGAAUUGCUCUGAAUGUUUCAGUCCCUUUCUAAUGGAAGCCGUGUGUGGCUACAAUCCGGCGUCUCUGUGUGCCCAGGAUGGACAAUGUUGCCGAGCUGUAGCAGGUCAUCUGUGCGUGUCGGAUCUCCACACGCCUCCUCCGAUGUUUUGAUACAUGGGCUGUAACGGGACGUUUCAGCAGAGAAGCCGGGGCUCUGGAAAACGAAGGCGUACCAUCAAAUUUUGUAGUGCUUAUUAAUCCUUUUUUUUUGCGCUGGUAAACAUUUAUCAUUGUGGGAAGUGAAACACUGUCCUGUCUGCAAUAUUGUGAUCGAUUGUAAAGUUUCAACUUUUGUGUGCACCGGAAUUCUCUUAAGAUUGAUUUAGUGUUAAUAUUUUUCCAUGUGCAUAUAAAUAUACAACGUAUUGUACAGUGGCACGCAGAAUUUUUUAAUGUUUACAUUGGCCAUCUUCAUAGGGCGUGGUUGCGAAGGUAUAGGUUUGUUACUACUGUACCUUUAAGACAUUGUCGAUUUUUGCAUUAAACAAACGUGCACAAUU